GGAGGUGAGGACGCUCCCAGAGAGGUUCGGGCUGCCCUGGGAGGGGUGACGGUCCCUAAAGGGGGGGUUUGGUGUCCCCUGAGGGGGUUUGGGGUCCCUGAGGGGCUGCAGACCCCCUGAUCCGUGCUCACCCGUGUGGCAGUAUGCUCCGGCUCCAGAAGAGGCUGGCCUCCAGCGUCCUGCGCUGCGGCAAGAAGAAGGUGUGGCUGGAUCCCAACGAGACCAACGAGAUCGCCAACGCCAACUCCCGGCAGCAGAUCCGGAAGCUGAUCAAGGAUGGGCUGAUCAUCCGCAAGCCCGUGACCGUGCACUCCCGUGCCCGCUGCAGGAAGAACACGCUGGCCCGGCGGAAGGGCCGGCACAUGGGCAUCGGCAAGAGGAAGGGCACGGCCAACGCCCGCAUGCCCGAGAAGGUCACCUGGAUGCGGCGGAUGCGGAUCCUGCGGCGGCUGCUGCGGCGCUACCGCGAGUCCAAGAAGAUCGACCGCCACAUGUACCACAGCCUGUACCUGAAGGUGAAGGGCAACGUGUUCAAGAACAAGCGGAUCCUGAUGGAGCACAUCCACAAGCUGAAGGCGGACAAAGCCCGCAAGAAGCUCCUGGCGUAAGCGCUGCUCCAGACUGGAGCUGGAUUGU